AUGGCAAAUAAUCGAUCCAUACCGAGUAAUAAAAACACCAUACAUCCGGCUUUCGCCGUUUCCAACAUCAAAGUUUUGAUCCCUGUUACACUAGAUAUCAAACAAGACGAAUACUCUUCAUGGGUUCUCCUAUUUCAACUUCAUCUUCAAGCGCACAACCUCCUUUUUCUUAUUGAUAGUUCUUCUCCCACACCAGAUCUUGACGCUGCCACCAUUAUACAACUUGACGCCCUAUGUCGUCAAUGGAUGUUCUCCACCAUGACCAAAGAUCUGAUGCUGGCUGUUCUCAAAACUGGAAAAACUGCGAAGGAUUUAUGGAAUCAUCUCAAACGUCUCUUCCAAGACAACAAAGGAAACCGCGCUGCCAGCCUUGAAAGUAAGUUUGUAAAUCUAAAAUUUAUUGACGGUAACAACGUUGAUGAUUAUUGUGAUAAGCUACAGGCACUCUCCAAUCGAUUGAGUGACCUCGAGUUUCCAAUGGAUGAAAAACGACUAGUUAUCCAGCUUGUCAAUGGACUUCCGGAGGAACAUAAUACUGUUGCCUCCUUCAUUCAACAAUCGAUGCCAUCGUUUGACACUGCUCGAUCUCAACUACGCACUGAAGAGAUUCGCCAACAAUCACCUCACUCCCUGGAUCGCACAGCGUCGUUGCUUCCCAACCCAACAGGCCCACUGCUUUCUCACCAGCAGCCCACUACUGGAUCGAACAGAAGCCCACUAAUGCCCAACCCAGCAAGCCCAUUUCCUCCUUACCCACACUGGGCUUCUCCCUGGAACGCUGCUGCACCUGGCCCAUAUCCGACUACUCCCUACUGGGCUUCUCCCUGGAAUGCUUCUCCACCUGCCAACCGCGGACGAGGACGCCAGAACCGUGGUAGAGGACGGGGUCGUGGCCGCCAUCCAACAGCCGGCCGAUCACCGCAAGCCUACAUUGUUCCGACCACAGACUAUCUACAACCGUCAGAUAUCGCCGAAGCCUACAGCUCUAUGAGCAUUCGGACACACGAUGAUGAUUUCUAUAUGGACACCGGAGCAACCUCACACAUCACCUCGGAUCCAGGACUUGAGUUCGAGGAAGACUAUUCUCCGAUGUGA